GACACGCGUAACAAUAAGGAAAUCAAAGGUGAAAGUAAAGUUUCACAUCUGCCAUUUUAGCACACAAAAGGCACAUCGGAUUCAAUACAUUACUUUGAUUAAGUACAUUAAAACUAGAUUUUCUUUCUCCUGCGUUAACCUAAAUUCAGAGAAUAGAUAGACUAGACAAAAAAUGUCUAGACCACAAAGACUACGCUGAGUGUCCCGUAUCACAGCCCUCAAUCAUGAGUUCCUCACAGGAAGAUGAGGGUGGUGUGGAAAGCAGCCCCCAGUCUGUGCAGUCAGCAGCAUCUCCAGCGCGCAGCUAUCUGUCCAUGAAGAGUGACCAGUCAAUGGGUCAGCCCAUUAAUUUCAGAUAUAGAGCUUUGGAUGGAGGGUUUAGCCCCCAGUCUGUGCAGUCAGCAGCAUCUCCAGCACGCAGCUAUCUGUCCAUGAAGAGUGACCAGUCAAUGGGUCAGCCCAUUAAUUUCAGAGAUUUUGCUUUGUUUGUAGACCACAGAAGGGCUAAGCAGAGGAAAAUGUCUGCCUCCACCUCAUGCCUCUCCAUGAAGAGUGAGAAUAUAACAGAUCACCCAUGUACCUUCAAUGGAAGGCCGUAUCACUGCCCCCAGUCUGUGCAGUCAGCAGCAUCUCCAGCACCCAGCUAUCUGUCCAUGAAGAGUGACCAGUCAAUGGGUCAGCCCAUUAAUUUCAGAGAUUUUGCUUUGUUUGAAGAACACCGUCAAUUUAACCGCUCACCGUCUCCUUGUUGGUCAAUGAAGAGUGACCAAUCCAUGAACAUUAAGUUUGGAAGAGAUGCCUCCAUUCUAGAUGUCAGUGCACUGACAGCCAGUCUGCUGGCAGAGGACCACUUCAGAUGCUCAGUGUGCACAGAGGUUCUUAACGAGCCAGUCUCCAUCCCCUGUGGACACAGUUUCUGCAGGCAAUGCAUUGAGACCUAUUGGAACAAGCCAGCGAAGAAACAAGUAUACGACUGUCCCGGGUGCCAACAGAGAUUCAGAACAUGUCCCCAUCUCUCCAGAAAUUCAGCCUUGGAUAAGGUGAUCCGGAAACUCCGGCAGACAGGAUUCAAGGUCCCUGCACUUCCCCCUCACCGCUACGCUGGACCCGGAGAUGUGGCCUGUGAUCUCUGCACUGAGAAACAGCUCAAAGCUGUGAAGUUCUGUCUGACCUGCGCUGCCUCUUACUGUGAGAGCCACGUUAGGCAGCACUACACUGUAGUGGCACUGCAGAGACACACACUGGUGGAGGUGACUGGAAACCUGGAUCAGAAACUCAGCGUCGAAGAACAACAGAUUGCAGUAAAGCUGGAAGAUAAAUUGGCACAGAUGAAUACAGUGUUUGCUGAGGAAAAAACACAAAUAAAUAAACUGACGCAGAAUGUAAAUAAUCCAACCACUGAGUUAACCUGUUAUGCAAAGAGGUCAUCCAAAGAUUGGGCAACCGACUGUUUUGUGCUGGCUGCCCUUGGUCGUCCCCUAGACCUUGGGAUGAUGUAUGACUGCUGCAAUGAUUGUCUUUGCUCAGAUGUCGGUCUAUGGGAUGAGAGCACAAUAGCCAACAUGCGUCAGUCUCUGCCUCGGCCUCACACAGAGGUGACGUGUAUUGAAGGAGACUCCCUACAGGACAGAUUCAGGGCUCUGGAUGUUUCCAUUUCUCUAAGGGCCAGUGUCUUGUCUGGGCUGGUGGAGGUUGGUGGUGCUGCUGAAUACCUGAACCAUCCUGUUCAGUCCAAAAACAAGGACCGGGUCACUCUACAGUACAGAACCACUACCAGGCUGGACAUGCUCAGUCACAGGGUAUUUGAAGAAACCGUCCAAAGGGAAUCAAAGGCAACACACGUGGUGAUGGCUGUUCUCUAUGGAGCUCAAGCAUUUUUUAUCUUUGACAAACGCGUCAGUGGAGAGAAAAGGGCUGGUGGAGGAGAAGCCGAUAUGCACAGUGUUAUCAAGAAGAUGACGCCCUCCUUCAGUGCAGAUCAUAUGUUAUCCAGCUUGAGUGACAAUGAGAAAAUAAACCGUUUGUUGUAUCAGUGUACACUCCACAGUGAUGUAGACCAUAUCAAUGGCUCCAUGACUUAUGGCCAAGCAGUACAAGCUCUUGAAACUCUCCCGAAGCACCUUGGACAACAGGGAGAGAAAGCAGUGCCUCUGUACGCAUGGCUCUAUCCUCUGAGGAAUCUGGACACUUCAAUUCAGAUCACUCAAGGCUUUCUCUCCGAGGCCGAGGACGUGGUGGAGCAUCUGAGGCAGGUCACCAUGAGAUGCCAGGACACGAUGACAUUAUUACAACUCAACGAUGACGUGAUGAAAUGGUUCCCCAGUGUGAAGGAAAUAUUUGCAGAAUUUUCUGAGCUGCUGCAGACGUACCAGUCUGAGUUUAAGAGAGGGCUUGCUAUGGCAGUAAAGACUGUGAGAGAGAGUGAAGAGAUGGAUGAAAAGAGCCUGAGAGACAUUCUCCAGAACCAUGACCAAUCACCAUUCUGUUCUCAGCACACACAUCAGUGGCUUAACAACAAAGAGGAGGAGAUAAAAGCUCUGCUUAUCUGCAAAGAAAAAAACAUCCCCAUUGUAAAGAAGGUCCAGGAGAAAGCAAACAACAUCCCCAUGGGGCGGGAGGUCCAGGAGAAAGCGAACAACAUCCCCAUGGGGAGGGAGGUCCAGGAGAAAGCAAACAACAUCCCCAUGGGGCGGGAGGUCCAGCAGAAAGCAAACAACAUCCCCAUGGGGCGGGAGGUCCAGCAGAAAGCAAACAACAUCCCCAUGGGGAGGGAGGUCCAGCAGAAAGCGAACAACAUCCCCACAUGGGAGAAGUUCCAGGACAAAGCAAACAACAUCCCCACAUGGAAGAAGGUCCAGGAGAAAGCAAACAACAUCCCCACAUGGAGGGAGGUGCAGACCCCAAACAGGACGCUGUGCUUCACGCUCACCUCACUGAGGGGUGAAGAUCCAUACCUUUCCACCAUGAAGCAAUACAUACAUUCUGCACUAGAGACCACCACAAACCAAUCAGGGAUCACCAGACAGCAGCAGACACAGCAUGCCUUCAAGCCUCCAGAUUUAACUAAAAAAAUACAGUCUGACCUCCACUUGUUCACCACAUCCAAUGAAGACAGAAGAGAUGGAGAGAAAUUCAAUUUUAUUGUUGCAGUUAUACCAGAUGUCACCUUUCCUGGAUCCCGCAUUGGUCUGUAUCAAAAUGGUCGUCUUAUCGGCCGCAAUUUCAAGCUUGGAUCAAAGCCAAAUCCAGCCGAAGUAACAGACAUAAAACAGAACAGCUUCAGUCUGAAAUUUCCUCAGUCAAAGGUCAUGAGUCCUGUGAAAUACAGAAUAGAGUAUACCGCAGAAAGUGAUAUUCAAUGGACUGUUGGAUAUUUACCAUCUGGUCCUGGAUCUGUGGGUCCUGACCAGUGUAACACUUGUAAGUUGCCCGGUUUGAAACCUGACACUAAAUACCAGGUUAGAUACAGUGCUGUGGACAGCUCUAGUAUGAGUGACUUCAGCACGGUCACCAUGGUAAAGACAAACCCAAGGUCCACACCUGGACAGCCCUGUGUGAAACUGCUGGACGGAGAAGACGUCAGAGUCACAUGGCAGAUGGCGGAAGAGGAAGAUGGUGGUCCCGUGCUACGUUAUACCGUGGAGUUCAAAGAGGCAGGGCUUGAAGGCUGGUCCCGUGUGUCAACAACGGGGCCUGAACGUACAUGCACUUUAUCUCAGACCUCCAGUACUUGCUACCGUGUCAGAGUCUCUGCAGUCAAUGGAGAGGGGGACACGAGUAAACCCAGCACAGAAACAGACAUCCCUGUAAAUGCCUGGUCCAUAGACCUCUCACAAAGGAAAGCCUCCCUCCUCCUAGAAGUGCUGAAACUCCAACCAGAGAAGAAACCAGUUGAGCUGAAGGGCUGGUCAGAUGACAAGAGUGAAGUGAGGAGUUUCCUUCAGUGUCUGCCCUACAUCUCACAGCUGAGGUUUGUGAACAACAACAACAACGCAGGCGUUAUCCAGUUUGUGCUCAAUCUGAGUGUCGCAGCAGCAGACCACGAUGCAAGGACAGGAUGGAAUUGGUCGAAGUUCCUAUCCCUGGUAUGGAGCUACAGCUCCUUCCCAUUCAAUGAAGAUGUUCAUCCUUCAGAUCAAUGUCACUUCCUUCUGGAUCUUUACUCGUGUGCAACGGCAUCUGGUAUUAAAAAGGGCAGGAGUCUCAUUCCAUUACUUCGGCCAGUUUACCAGUCAGCUCCAGCAGUCUGGUACGUGAAUCUGGCUAGAAGAAAGGCCUCCGUCUUCCUCGAAGUUCUGAAACUCCAACCAGUGAAAAGGCCAAUGCAGGUGAAAUGUUGGUCAGAUAAAGAAAGUGAAGUGAGGAGUUUCCUUCAGUGUCUGCCCUACGUCUCACAGCUGAGUUUUAACGACAACAGUCUUGUGUACUUCCUACGGAAAAAUAGAGAGCAGGCCGAGCAGUUUGCCGCUCUCUUCCAAGCUCAUGGCUUUACCUUGUCAUUGGGAGGAGAGUUACCCAGGCAAACCUGCACUUCUGUGGGGAGAAUCUUGGCCCUCUGUACCUCAGGAGUGAAACUCGGUCUCACACCCAGCAAGAUUUCUCUCCGAGGAGCUUCGAUUCUCUUCAGACAUCCGUUGAUGCUACACAACCUCAUACUAAAUGAGAUCAUGACAGUGAAACUGACCAGACUGCUUGCGACUGGUAGAGUCAGUGCUCCAAUGGGGGUUGAGGAGAUUUCGCUGGUUAUUGAGAACUCACAACUAUCGGAGGAUGUGCUUUCUAGGGUCCUGAGUAGUGUGGCGUCCCUGCUGAGAGUCUGGACUGUGCAGCGUCUGGACCUGACGAAGUGUACUAUCCACGGUCACUCUCUCAUCCUGUUGCUGGGUCACCGGGGCCCUCUGAAACUCAAACUGUGUCCAGACACUCUUCAGCAGCUGGCUGUAGUUGUGCAUGAAGCUCGGGACAAGGACCUGACUCAUUCAUUCUUAAAGAAAGUUGGUGGAGACCUGACCUCUUGCAGGCUGGACUGGGAAGUGCUUCUUUCUCUGCUGCAGUAUUCAAACCAACACAUCACAGUGAAUCUCAGAGAGAACAGGAUUUCAGAGAGAAACAUCACAGAUCUUCGUCCCUUUCUGGGCAGGAUUAUUUUAAAGAGUGUUGAGAGGAAUCUGCUGCUGCUGUUCCUCCACUGCUACUCUGCCUCAAAGAUCCAGCCAGGGGCAACAGCCCUGCUUGGGGCUCUGCAGCACAGACUGGACUUCUCCUCCUCUGUGGACCUGUCAACAAAGGACCAGGGGAAGGCUCUGUGUCUGAGCUCUGCUGACUGCAAGGUCAUCGCUAGAGUCCUGAAGCAUAGCCGUUACGUCACAGAGCUGAUCCUAAGCGAUUGUGAGAUUUCAGACAGAGCACUCAGGAAGCUGCUGCUGAAAAUCCCACGCAGAGUUAAUCUCAGCCCCAGUAAAGCCAUAUUGGUUCAACUUGUACAAACUUGUAACAAGAAUAAUGCAGUGCAUCAUGCAGGAUCUCUGAUCAGAGCCCUGGGCGGGGAGAUGGACCUCAGUGAGACCAUGCUGGAUCAGAAGGCCUGUAGUUCUCUGGCCCUGGUUCUGGAGCAUUCAAAGGGGCUAUCAGAACUGGACCUCAGCCGCUGCCAACUCACAGACCACCACCUACAGCCUCUGCUCGCACACCUGCACAAAGUCCAAGUCCUGGAUCUAAGUCAUAAUGCAAUUUCCAACUGUUUGAGUAAGAAAAUACUGAAAGCUGUCUCCACCAGCAAAGGCCACACAGUUUGGCUCACAAACAACAGGAUGAAAGCCAAACCAUGUUCCUGUCGGCAUCGUUAAUAUGACAGAAUCUUUCUCCAUGUAAUCUUGCACACACACGUUUGUGGGGGAAAUUGUCAUUCAUACCAAUAUUCAUAAAAUGUUGGAGGGCAUUUUUAUUAUUGAGAGCUAUGUAAAGAGACUUUCCCAAAAGAUUUGCCUAUUUUUUUAGUGAGUUGUUCUGAAAGUAGCGCCCAGGAGACAAAAUGGGUCCCCAAAAAUGUACACUAUGUCAUAUACUAUGUUAGAACACCUACUCAUUCAAGGUUUUAUUUAUUUUGACUAUUUCCUACAUUGUAGAAUAAUAGUGAAGACAUCAACUAUGAAAUGGCACAUAUGGAAUCAUGUAGUAACCAAAAAAGU